AUGGCUGUUCGCAAAGAUGAAAACGUAAAAGCUCUUGUUGAUAAAAUAUCGAAUCUCCCUGCAUUUGACCCAUCAAAUGCACGUGAAUGCCACUUCAGUUAUGAAGAGGAAGGUUUGUACGUUUCAAUUCAAGCAAAGUGUUCUCGGGAGGCAGCAAUUAAAAUGGGAUUGAUGUUCGUUGAGUUGAACGCUAUAUACGAAAUGUAUCGGAAGACUAGAGCAAAAAUCGUUCAAGAAAAGUUGUCAUAACCGACUCCAAAUUGCGGCUUAAAGAGCUGUACGAAGUCUUAAUAGUUAAUGGAGAAGUCUUUGUGGAAUUAGCCCAGAUUUUAGAGCGAGAAGAAGCCGGUGAGACAAGAUUUAAUCAAAAUGACGAAGAAGCGACUGAGAUGGACACAUUGCUACCUAGUGAUUCAUUGCCUUCGACAUCAUUGCAAUCUGGAGAAGAUUUGCUCGAAUCCGCUUUGAAAAAGUACUUCGGUCACGAAUCAUUCCGACCGCUCCAAAAGGAGACGAUUGAAGCAACUUUAUCGGGAAAAUCUGUUUUAACUGUUGUGGGGACUGGAGGUGGAAAGACUUUGAUGUUUCUGUUGCCUGGAAUACUUUCUGACAAGUUGUCACUUGUUGUAUCACCCAUAAAGUCCCUCAUCGAUGAUACGUUGCUGAGAUGCCAUAAUUUGGACAUCUCAGUAUGUAAAUUCACUGGUGAUGUACCAAUUGAGUUGCAAAAGAAGCAAGUUGAAAACAUUCAACAGUAUAAGGUGAUUCUCGCUACCCCUGAGAUGCUCGAGGAGGGAAUGUUACUUUAUCAAGCGAUUGCUGGGCUAGAUUUGGGCAGAAUUAUAUUUGAUGAGGCUCACACCAUCGCAACCUGGGGAAGCACAUUCCGUCCUGUAUUUAAAGCAGUAUGUCUGAACCUUGCAAAGUUGUCAUGUCCAAAGCUUCUGCUUAGUGCUACAAUGACUUCUAAACUUAAGCAAACCCUAAUGGACAUAUUUGGAAGGUUAUUGGUUUUUAGAGAAACUGUUUACCGUGAGAAUCUGACUUUUGAGGUUGCAGAUAGAUCACCAAAGCACAUUGAUGAAAUUGCAUCAUUUGUUAUAGAAAAAUGUACAGUUGGACAUUGUGGAAUAAUUUAUUGUGUUAUUCCACAUGACGUUGAUAAAAUGCAUAGUGAAUUGUUGAAAAGGGGAUUAAAUGCUGUAAAAUACCAUGGUCAAUUAUCUGAUGAAGUUAAACAAGCCAACUUUUCAAAAUGGUUAAAUGGUGAAGUUUGCAUUAUGGUAGCGAAUUCAUCAUUUGGUAUGGGGAUUGACAAGUCUGAUGUCAGGUAAUGCAACAAUUUUAUGUUUUAUCCAAUAUGUUAGAUAUUUCUUAUUAUAAUAUAGCAUUUGUAAAUGUCAACACGGAAACGUCAGAAAAUUCCUUUACGUGUACUUCUUUGUGCUAUAUUAUAAAACAAAUAUAAAACAUUUUUUUCUUAUUGAUAUGUAGUUAUAUCAACACUGCUGGAAAUUGGGAAAACUCAAGAUUGUGUGAAAACACGACGCCCGUCGUGUUUUCACACAAUUUCACAUUUUCCCAAUUUCCACUUGUGUUGAUAUAACUGGAUGUCAACACAAAAAAUGUUAAAUGUUUGAUAUAUUGUAAGGCAACUUUGUGGAUUUACUGUAUGCUUAUUAAGUGUUUACAAUACCACUAUACAAACACUGGUCAAUAUUAAAAUAUCUUCAAAGGGAAUAUAUUUAAGAAUUAUUGAAUGAGGUUAAGCAUGAUAUGAAAAAUUAUCAAACAUGAAGAUUGUGUUAUGUUGAUAACACAAAUAACAGAGGGCUUUAUAAGACUCGGAUGAAUGUGGAAACUGCAUUCUAUAAUUUAUUCAUUUCAUUGACAAUAUGAAUCAGUGACUGGGUACAGUAUAUAAAACCAUCAGAAAUCAUGAAUUCUACUAAAGACACAGUUCAGCCUUUUGAACGAUGUUUUUUAGGCAAAUUUCAGCCCUUUUAAUUAAAAAAACUAACUAAGAAAAUCAAUUAAGUAUAAUUCUGGAUCAGCAAACUGCUAUAUGUCAUUUGUUAAGUGUGACUUGUCUAGGGGAGAGCACUCAAUGGGUUACCUGAUUAAAACUUACUAUGGAAUAAAAAGGGUUAAUUGUAUUAUAAACAGCAUUAAUAAAUUUUAAAUAUGUGACUUACACCCGUAUUCUAAAAGCUCACUCACACUCAAUGAGUGGAGGUUCAAUAUUGAGUGUUAAUGCUGUUUUUGAAUAGCUGGAGGGUGAGUAGUCUCAUAGUAAGAUACGACACUAACCCUCCAGCUAUUCAAAAACAGCAUUAGCUCAGAUUGAACCUCCAUUCAUUGAGUGUGGGUGAACUUUUAAAAUAUGGGCGUUAAUAUUUAGUGUUCAUUGUGUUCAAUUAUUAUUAUUUUUUUUUUAAUUUUUUUUUUAUUAUCAUUAAAUAUAUUUACUGACUUUGUAACCGAAGGUUAAAUUACAUCAGCUAUACUACAAAUAAUUAAAUAUAAAGGAGUAACUACUAUUUACAAUUUAAUUUCGAAAUAAUUUGUGGUAAGAAGGAUUUUCUAAAACGUUCUGUUUUACAAUAAUAAUUAUUAUAUUUACAAUUUCCCCUCGUAUCAUAGACCGAAGAGGAUUUAUUAGGUAAAAAUUCAUCAAAUUUGUGAAGGUUCUCAUCUCUCAAAAAGAACUGUUCGCAUAAAAUCUCACGUCGUUCCUUCAAGGAUGGAAUAUUAAUAAGUUCGCGUGCAUCGUUAUAGCCAAGUUCUGGUAAAAUAAUUCUCAAAGCUCUUCUUUGAACCCUUUCAAUAUCAUAUCUUUCAAUAUCAUUUUCCCUUGGCAAGUAUAAAAUUAUCUGAAAUUAUACAGAGUAGGAUAAAAGGUGGCAUUUUAUUUGCCAUUACUGUGCGACACUCUCCUAUUGACAAGUGGGAUACAUCUACUGUAACGUUCAAUCUGCCUCCAUAUUUUGGCACAAAUACUAUAUAAAUCCAAGCAUGGCUGCAUAUGCAAUCUUUGAGAAAGUUUUCCCCUGAGCGCCAUGCAAAUUCUUGCCGCCCCUGAAUCGAAGCAUAUUAGUGUUUAAUUCAAAUGCAUAAUUUUUAUUUUCAGAUAUGUUAUUCAUGCUAGACUCCCAGUUAGUGUGGACGAGUAUUAUCAGCAGUGUGGUAGAGCUGGAAGAGAUGGAUUACCAGCUACAUGCAAACUCUACCACUCAAUCUCAGACAAGAGCACGCUGUAUAAACUUUUUCAUGGACAAGAAAGCUUUUCAUCUCAAUGUGAGUUGCUCAAUGAACUGGUAGUUAUGGUGGAGGAUCCUGUCCAAUGCAAGCACAGAGCAAUUAUGGCUUAUUUUGGUGAAACACCUGGCAGCUUUCUUUGCCUCACCAACUGUGAUAAUUGCAUUAAUCUUGGAAAUUUUCAAUUAACUGAUGGUGUAAGUGAUGCCCUAAAAGUUGUUCAAGCCGUUAUGGAACUGACAGGUAAAACUUUGUCAAUGAACACACUUAAACUGUUCUUAGCCGGAAGUAAGAAUAGUGCAGUGGCUCAUCUAACUCACUUCACAACAUUUGGAGCACUGAAGGAGAAAUUUACACCUAUGAUACUAUUAUCAAAGUUUUUAAACAUUUUAAUUGUUCGUGGAAUUCUAAGUGAAAAGAUUGAAACAAGAGCAUAUAACAGCAUACACAAUGAACUUUCGUUGGGACCCAAGGCACACAACUUACUAAACAGUGAUUUACCUAUUUCAAAAUAUGAAAAAGUAUGA